UCCAGAAGUAAAUUCCCCAUUCAUUUAUCCCAUUGACGUCUGGAAAAAUCCGUACAUAAAGAGUUUUAGACCAUGCUUUAAGCUAACCAGCUACCACAUGACUCAUAAACAUACAACAUACAAUUUCUAAUGAAAAAACAAACAGAAAAUCCAACAAAAAGUCAAAGUUACAAGACUGUGUACAUCUUUUCAUUAUCGAAUAUAGGAACUACUCAUCCCAUAAACCACCGCGCACCGUCUGUACUUGAACGUGGCCCUAUUUGAGACUCGACUUUAAAAAGUGAUAUAGGGACACCUUGUGGUUAAGCAGGGAACUGCACUUUGGACGAAGGACGUCGUAGACAAGCUUGCAAGAACCGUAGAAGUUUUGACCCAAAAAUGGCAACACAGGAGGAAUUCUUCUCGGGCAUUCCGAAGAUCCCAUACUUACCGAGUGCUGGGCCUGGAGAUGUCAUGUGCUUCAAACACUACAAUGCAGAAGAGGUGCUGAUGGGUAGGAAGAUGGCUGACUGGCUGAGGUUUUCAGUCUGCUAUUGGCACUCCUUCUGUGGCACUGGUGCUGAUCCUUUUGGGUCUCCCACCCUCCACCGGCCCUGGAAUGAAGGAACUCCAAUGGAAUCAGCCAAGAAGCGACUUCGGGCUGCUUUUGAGUUUUUCACUAAGCUUGGUGUGAAAUACUACACAUUUCACGACAGGGAUAUGGCUCCAGAGGGCUCCACUCUGGAGGAGUCCAACAGGAAUCUGGAUGAAAUAACAGACCUGGCUCUCCAGCUGCAGAACCAGACUGGAAUCAAGGUGCUGUGGGUCACCUGCAAUCUCUUUGCCCACCCAAGGUACAUGAAUGGUGCAGCCACCAACCCUGACUGUCAUGUUCUGGCCUACGCUGGCGCUCAGGUUAAGAAGGGGCUUGAUACUGCCAAGAAGCUGGGUGCAGAAAAUUUUGUGUUUUGGGGAGGGAGGGAAGGUUUCCUUUCCUUCCACAAUACUGAUGUUGCUGCUGAACUGAAGCACAUGGCCAACUUCUUCAAAAUGGCUGUCAAGUACAAGGAGAAGAUUGGGUUGAAGUGCCAGUUUCUUAUUGAACCUAAGCCCAAGGAGCCCUGCAAGCACCAGUAUGACUAUGAUGCAAUGAGUGUCAUAGGAUUCCUUAAGCAUUAUGGUCUGGAGAAUCACUUUAAGUUGAACAUCGAGCCCAACCACACCACCUUGGCAGGACACUCAUACGAACAUGAUGUUGUCAUGGCUUCUGCCUUUGGCAUGCUGGGUUCAGUUGACUCAAACACUGGCUCUCCAGACCUGGGCUGGGACACAGACCAGUUCCCCAUGGACAUCAGGAACACCACCUUGGUCAUGAAGACCAUCGUUGAACAAGGGGGUCUGCAGCCAGGAGGCCUGAACUUUGAUGCAAAGGUGCGCCGGGAGUCCACAGACCUGGAGGACCUUUUCAUCGGUCACAUCGGAGCCAUGGACUCCUUCGCACGAGGACUCAGAAAUGCUGUCUGCAUCAUUGAGGACGAGCUCAUCGCUGGUAUGGUGAAGGAGCGAUACUCAAGCUACAGCCAUGGCAUUGGAAAGAAAGUGGAGGAGGGUUCCGCCUCCUUGGAGGAAAUGGAGGCCUUCAUCAAGCAGAACGGGGAGCCGAAAGUAACUUCGGGGAAGCAAGAAAAACAUGAAUGCAUUUUUAAUCACUACAUAUAAUAAAAGCAUCACUCUCCUGUGUCUGCUAGGACUGACCUUUGACACAGAUAGAAGCUGUUCUACGUGGUGAAACACGU